AUGGACAUCACGCUGGGUAUGGAUACUGAGAACAGCCAUAACAUCGAAGAGAUUCAUCUUAGCGAAUGUAUCGUGGCCAAGGGCUCGAGAGUUGAAUUACCAGCUAACAGUGCAGUACACAUUCCGGAGCCAAUGCUUGUUGAGGAGUUGGGACACUUCAUCAAACAAACGUCUCCCUCUAUCAUCGAGACGGGUACACCACCGACUAUCGAGGGAAUCGAUCCUAAGAAGCCGAACUCCUAUCUACCUUACCUCGUCGCAAUCCAGCAUCGCCCAAUUUCAGUCGGUAGUGACACCUCCAGAAGAGCUCGAUUCAACACUUAUAUCAUGAGUCAGUUUGAAAGGCUCAAAGCUACUAUCAUGGACAGGCGGGGUUUCCAGCUUGCAGAACUUCUCAGCAAUUGGCUAGCGGGCUUGGACUCGGCACAACUGACUGCUGUGAUAUCUUGUGACUGGACUAACGCAUUCGUUGAUAUCAUCGGUAACCCUGUAUUGGUCGUGCAGGAUCUGAUGUCUCUCUCUCCUGCAACAUUCGAGGAGUUGGCACAAUGGUUUAUGUAUAUCGAUCUGCAGACAGAUGACGAUGGAAUAGUGCAUGGUUACUAA